GCCGCCUCGCCCUAUCACAGCCUGUGCUUGCCCGGAAUGAGCGCUGCGUGCGCCCACCGGCAGGCGCGAUGGGCGCCCUCCCCUCCUCCCCUCGCUCCUUCCCUUCGUGACUACUGCUCCUGCCUCCUGCCUGGCAAGCAGGAUGCCGCUCGUCAGGGAAGGCACGCUCCAUCCCAUUAAUAAUAUUCAUAAGGAAGGAGCAUCUAGCCCGAACCGGUUGGCACCGCGUGAGGCUUGCACAGUGCUAAGCCUGCACGUCGUCUGUUCCUGGCGCGACCACAUCUCACCAAAUAUUAUUAUUGUGAAAUAUUUUUCGUACCGUUGUCAACUCCCCUAACUAAGUCGUGACUAUUGUCUCGCGUGCCUGCCCUGCUUGGACUUGUGCUCCCCUGGUGUCGUCGACGCUUGGCUCAAACUUCAGUCAGGGUUUCCUUCGCCAUCGACAUUGUAUAUACAACCACUCGGCAAUUCAUCUCUUCGGCGCCACCAUGGAUUUCCUAUCCUCCUCUCCCGCUGCGACUUCCGAUGACAGCUCAUGCGACGACUCCGCCGGUCCUAUCACUCCAGACAGCAGCCCUAUGUUCGGCGCGUCGCGAGUGGAAGACCUGAUUGGGACGCCUCUGGCUCACUUCCUCAACAGCCCUAAGCCCGAUGUCAAUGUGCUGUCUGCAGGUGGCCUGCACUUUGCACCACCAGUCAGCGCGCGAGAGUUGUCUUUCGCGAAGCCGGUGAGGCAUAUCGCCGUUGUUGGUGCCGGCUACGUUGGUGGACCAACUGCCGCUGUCAUUGCCUUGCACAAUCCCCAGAUUCGUGUCGAAGUCCUGGACAAGGACCAGCGUCGUGUCCGUCGUUGGAACUCGCCCCAUCUUCCCAUCCACGAGUCCGGGCUCCUUGAUAUUGUCAGAGUGACUCGUGAUGGAGCUAGUCUCUCACCACGGGAAAACGCUAAUGGUCAAGCUCAAGUUACCCUCGCUGAGCGAGUUCCUAACUUGUUCUUUACAACUGAUUCACAAACAAGCCUAGCCAAGGCCGACAUGGUUUUGUUGGCCGUGAAUACUCCUACCAAGACGUUCGGUAUCGGCGCGGGCCGAGCUACUAAUAUGACUACUUUUGAUGCUGCCGUCAAAGAAGUGGCUUUGUACACUAGACCUGGGACCGUCAUCGUGGAGAAGAGCACAGUUCCCUGCGGUACUGCGCAGCGCGUGCGGCAAAUGCUUGACGCCGUCCGCCCCGAGCAGCCCUUCGAAAUCCUGUCCAACCCAGAAUUUCUUUCCGAGGGCUCAGCGGUGCGAAAUUUGCUGCAGCCUGAUCGUGUACUUAUUGGGUCAGCUAAGACCCCUUCGGGUCGCCGCGCAGCAGACUCCCUGGCAAGUGUCUACGCAGCGUGGGUUCCCCGCUCGCGUAUUCUCGAAAUCGAUGCAUGGUCAUCCGAAUUAGCCAAGCUGGUUAGCAACGCUAUGCUAGCCCAACGGAUUAGCAGUAUUAAUUCGAUAAGCGCCAUUUGCGACCGCACGGGAGCCGAUGUUGAUGAAAUCGCCAAAUCGGCCGGCCUAGAUCCCCGUAUUGGCCCGCAGUUCCUCAAGGCUGGACUGGGAUUUGGUGGCUCAUGUUUCCGUAAAGAUAUUGCUAGUUUGACCUAUCUGGCCGAGUCAUUAGGAUUACCUGAGGUGGCUCACUACUGGAGCCAAGUCAAUUCCAUGAACGACUGGCAGCGAGACCGCUUCGCCCACAAGGUGAUUCAACGCAUGGAGGAGAAUUUGGUAGGCAAGAAGAUUGCUAUCCUAGGAUUUGCUUUCAAGAAGAACACUGGUGACACACGGGAGUCAUUAGCUGUCGAUGUGAUCCGUGUCUUACUCCAGGAGAGACCUGGAGAGAUCGCCAUCUUUGACCCGUGCUGUUUGUCAGAAGAUAUUAUGCGAGAGCUCGAGCCCAUCUUAGACACCACAACCCGUGACCGUGUUCAUGUUUACCCCGACGCCUACCAAGCUUGUGAACAAGCGAAUGCAGUUGUGAUCGUGAACGAUUCCGACCCAUUCAAGCGAUCUCCUGGAAAGAAGUCCCGAAAGUCCAGCGGCAGUGCUGUCAUCGACACGAGCAGCGAGCAGGAGACAAAGGAUAUCCACAUUGAUGGAUCUCGAUUCUCGUACCAACCUUGCCAAUCACCAAUUUGUGCAGAGGAUUGCCCCGAUUGCCAGUCAACAAAAACUCGAGGCACCAUCUCGUUGGAACCGGUCGAAUGGGCGCGUAUUGCCUAUGGUAUGAAAGAGCCCAAAUGGGCAUUUGACGGUCGAGGCGUUCUCGACGUUCCUGAAAUGGAGAAGCUUGGUUUCCGUGUCGACACCCUUGGCCGUCACACUGCAUCUCGUCUUACUGCAUUCUAAUAAGUUACUGACUGAUCAUUGUUGAAUGUAAAUGGAACUCCUAAUAAUGCGUGCGUUACGUUAUGUUACUUGGACUUGGAAAUAAAGAGUAUCACGGUCGUUUUUCCUAAUAUCUGUCUUUUUCUUCCCUCAACCCAUUGUCAUGGUGUUGUGAUACCUGGCGUUUGGAACGUUCAUAAUGCGGUGCAACUUGGAUUCGACUCCUUUCUAGAAUUCUAGACUGAUUGCUAUUUUAUUUCGUUAGAUUGCCGCCUGACAAGACUGAAUUACAUUUAUGUUGAUUUCGUUGAUAUGCCAUAUUACACUGCAUCAGACAUUAAUAUAU